AUGGAUUCUUCAAUACCCUUCUCAUCAUACUCAUAUUCACAAUAUCAUCAUCUUGGUUUCAAUGAGAAUGACACUGAGGACAUGCUUCUUCUCAAUGUUCUAUCUGAAGCCGGGGAAAAUUCAUCUAAUAGUAAUAAUAAUAUCCAUGUGAAUCAAGAGAUUAACGAAGGAUCACUAAAAGAAGUGGUUAGUAGUUUUAGAGGUGUAAGAAGGAGGCCAUGGGGGAAAUACGCGGCGGAGAUAAGGGAUUCAACUAGGAAUAGUGUUAGGGUUUGGUUAGGAACAUUCGAUACUGCUGAAGAAGCAGCAUUGGCUUAUGACCAAGCUGCAUUCGCGUUGCAUGGGGCAAUGGCGGUGCUAAAUUUUCCUGUGGAGAUGGUGUAUCGAUCGUUAAUGGAGAUGGAAUGUGGAUUUGAAGAAGGAUGUUCACCUGUUUUGGCUUUGAAGAAAUGGCAUUCUAUGAUGAAAAAGGGUAAUAAUAAGAGUAAUAUUAGUAGGAAGAAGGAGGAAAAAAAGAUGAGUUUUGAAAAUGUGUUGGUUUUAGAGGAUUUAGGUGCUGAUUAUUUGGAGGAAAUUUUGAUGUUGUCUGAAGGAUGUUGUGAUCCUUUAAUAAUGUAGGGAAGGCAAUUAUUCCUAGUACUCCUGGUACAUAGUUAUAUUUUUGUGUUUAUU